CCGGUUACCAGGAGGCGGAGCCCCCCGACGCGCCGUGGCCCGGAUGUCCGGGCUCCGAGCCCAGGUCCGCUGAUCCCGCAGCUUCUCCAAGGAAACCUACGGGCGGCCGAUGGCUGUCGAUAUUCAACCAGCAUGCCUUGGACUCUAUUGUGGGAAGACGCUGUUGUUUAAAAAUGGCACAAAUGAAGUAUAUGGAGAAUGUGGGGUGUGUCCAAGAGGUCAGAGAACAAAUGCACAGAAAUAUUGUCAGCCUUGCACAGACUCUCCAGAACUUUAUGAUUGGCUCUACCUAGGAUUUAUGGCGAUGCUUCCUCUUGUAUUGCACUGGUUUUUCAUUGAAUGGUACUCAGGGAAAAAGAGUUCCAGUGCACUUUUUCAACACAUCACUGCUUUAUUUGAGUGCAGUAUGGCAGCUGUCAUCACCUUACUUGUGAGUGAUCCAGUUGGUGUUCUUUAUAUCCGUUCGUGUCGAGUAUUGAUGCUUUCUGACUGGUACACAAUGCUCUACAACCCAAGCCCAGAUUACAUCACCACAGUACAUUGUACUCAUGAAGCUGUCUACCCAUUAUACACCAUUGUGUUUAUCUAUUAUGCAUUCUGCUUGGUAUUAAUGAUGCUACUCCGACCUCUUCUGGUAAAGAAGAUUGCCUGUGGGUUAGGAAAGUCAGAUCGAUUCAAAAGUAUUUAUGCUGCACUUUACUUCUUCCCAAUUUUAACUGUGCUUCAGGCAGUUGGUGGAGGACUCUUAUAUUAUGCCUUCCCAUAUAUUAUAUUAGUAUUGUCUUUGGUUACUCUGGCUGUGUACAUGUCUGCUUCUGAAAUAGAGAACUGCUAUGAUCUUCUGGUCAGAAAGAAAAGACUCAUUGUUCUCUUCAGUCACUGGUUGCUUCAUGCCUAUGGAAUAAUCUCCAUUUCCAGAGUGGAUAAACUCGAGCAAGAUUUACCCCUUUUGGCAUUGGUACCCACCCCAGCCCUUUUUUACUUGUUCACUGCAAAAUUUACUGAACCUUCACGUAUACUCUCAGAAGGAGCCAAUGGACACUGAACGUAAAAUGUCAUAAAGCCUAAUAAGUGUUCUUAAAUAAAAAAGUGAAGAAUCAAAAAUACAUUCAUUCUCUUCUGUUGCACAUGGAAAAACAAAAGUAUAUCUUUAUGUCUGUUUAUUUUGACCUAGCAGACUUUAUGAUUGGACUUGAAAAUGCAAAUAACCCAUUGUAUUCUGCAUAUAAUGCAUAUAAUACAGUAAAGCCAGCAUUCUAUUAUAGUGGACACAUUUGAGGAGCACUUAACUCUUGCAACAGUUUAUUUUAUAGAGCAAAAUAAAGUUUAUGUGUAUCUAGCAGAGCAUUCUUCCCAUUUUUAUUAAGAAAAACAUUAACAAGUAUGAAAUCCUUAGCAUUGACAUAAUUGUGCAUGCCUGUUGUGUUUCUUUUUUUUCCAUGUAUAAUUAAUUGUGAAGGCAAAUAUACGUGUGGGGUCUGAUAGAAAACAUGAAACUAUGUUUCUGUUAUCAUUUUCACCAAUAAAGUAUUUUGGUCUAUUA